AUGCAGUCCUCGGAGAUAUUCGUGGGUUCGAUUGACCAAGGCACAACAAGCACCAGAUUCCUCAUCUUCAAUCGCGAUGGCGAGCCAGUAGCCUCGCACCAAGUCGAGUUUAGCCAGAUAUAUCCACACCCAGGCUGGCACGAACACGACCCCCUCGAAAUAAUAACCUCAGUAGAAAUCUGCAUCGAAGCCGCAGUGCAAAAAUUCGAAUCUGCAGGCCACAACCGCACCGCCAUAAAAAGCAUCGGAAUAACCAACCAGCGCGAAACAACCAUCGUCUGGGACCACGAGACCGGCGAACCCCUCUACAACGGCAUUGUCUGGACAGACACACGCUCGCAAGCCAUCGUCGCGGAACUAAAGCAGAAACCCGGCGCAGCACAGCUCCAAGCAAUAUGCGGUCUCCCGCUGUCAACCUACUCAUCCGCGACGAAGCUGCUCUGGAUGGUGGCGCAUGUCCCGAAAGUGCGGGAUGCAUUUGAUCGUGGGACAUUGGCGUUUGGGACUGUCGAUGCUUGGCUCGUGUACCGUUUGAAUGGCGGCGCGGCGGCUAACGUCUUUGUCUCGGAUUCGACAAACGCUUCGCGGACUAUGUUUGUUAACCUUGAGACGGUGCGGUAUGAUGAGUCUUUGCUUGAUUUCUUUGGGAUUCGGGGGAGGGUUCAUUUGCCGAGGAUCGUGCCUUCUUCUGAUAGGGAGGCGUAUGGGGUUGUUGCUUCCGGGGUUUUGGCGGGUGUUCAUAUUAUGGGCUGUCUUGGGGAUCAGUCUGCUGCUCUUGUUGGACAGAAGGGGUUUUCCCCGGGUAUGGCGAAGAACACCUAUGGGACUGGGUGUUUUCUUUUGUAUAAUGUUGGUGACAGGCCUGUUUUUUCGACUCAUGGGUUGUUGGCUACGGUGGCCUAUCACUUUGGUGGAAAGCCUGUCUAUGCUCUUGAGGGGAGCAUUGCCGUGGCAGGUUCUGGGAUCAAAUUCCUGCAGAAUAACCUGGACUUCUUCAGUGAAUCGAAAGAGGUCAAUGACCUUGCCAGCUCGGUGAAAGAUAAUGGCGGAUGUGUGUUUGUCACUGCUUUCAGUGGACUAUUCGCACCAUACUGGAUUGACGAUGCCAAAGGGACCAUAUUCGGAAUCACCCAAUACACCCUGAAAGGCCACAUCGCACGUGCAACUCUAGAAGCAACAUGCUUCCAGACCAAAGCCAUUCUCGACGCAAUGGAGCAAGACAGUGGUCAUACCCUCUCCGAGCUGGCUGUAGAUGGAGGCAUGAGCAACUCCGACUUGGCAAUGCAGACCCAAGCAGAUCUCAUCUCCAUCCCAGUCUACCGUCCUAAGAUGCGCGAGACCACUGCCCUCGGUGCAGCCAUUGCAGCAGGUCUCGCCGUCGGCAUGUGGCGCAAUUUUGCCGAACUGCGCGAUAUCAACCGUGCUGGUGGUACGGUCUUCGAGCCUCAGGUUACGCGCGAAGACAGUUCUGUCAAGUUUAGGGAAUGGGAGAGGGCUGUUCAGAUGAGUAGGGGUUGGGUUGGACCUGGAAAUUCUCGAGAAAAAGCCGAGGGAGGAAAGAACAGUGCGACUUUGGUGCCGGUUAAGGAGAACUGUGAUGUCCGGACAGUGAGUCCAUAUCACUCCUCGUUCGUGGAUAAAGGCAACAUGAAUAUGGAUCAUCGUGAAUUAUCUAAGUCAGGUUAUUCCCCCGUCUACUCAACCCUGGAUGGAGGAAAUACAACCCUGGAGACGCAUUAUCUGUCUAAACAAGUGGUUCCACUGCGAGCGAAAUCAGAUACGGACAAGGCUCCUGGUGUUACUACGACAGUUCAAGAGAUAACCCAGUCCUCCAUGGGCGAGAUCAAAACCCCAUCUUUGAAGACACCACUGGUCAGUUUCUUGAGUGAUAUGCCAGACCCAGAUGAGGAGGAUUUGUACCUGGAGCUGAGGAAGGUGGAGAUUUUACAGAGACUCAAGGCACUACGAAAGUCUAAGGUGAAUUACUAUUGA